AUGUUACCAGAGGAUAACGUGUUGCAUACAUCACUGUACAAAGUGAAGAAGUUCUUGAAGUCUUUUGAUAUUGGUUAUGAGAAGAUUCAUGUGGGUGUUAAUGAUUGCUGCCUGUUCAUAAAGGAGUUGAAGAAGCUCGACAAAUGUGCAAAGUGCAAGGCUUCAAGAUGGAAGAUUAACCAACACACUAGUGAGAUCAAGAAAUGUGUCCCACGGAAAGUAUUAAGAUACUUUCCAAUAAUCCCAUGGCUGAAGAGGAUGUUUAGGUCUGAAGAAAUGGCCAGAAACCUAAGGUGGCAUUCUAGUAACCAGAGCAGCGAUGGGAAACUAAAACAUCCCGUAGAUUCUGUGACAUGGAAACAGAUGAAUGACAAGUAUCCCACAUUUGCUGCCGAGGAAAGGAAUAUACGGCUGGGACUCUCCACGGAUGGCUUUAAUCCUUUCAACAUGCAGAGCAAAGCUAGAACGAAGAGGAAAAGGACAGUCAGUGUUGAAGAAGACUGUCAUAUUGGGGAUGUUUCCAGUGAAUCCGAGGCAGAGGAAGAAGAUGAAGUUGAUGAGGAAGAGUUGUCAAGAUGGAAGAAAAGGUUGAUAUUCUUUCAACUUCCUUAUUGGGAGGAACUCCCCGUGAGGCAUAACUUGGAUGUAAUGCACAUGGAGCGAAACGUGGCAAAGAGCAUUGUCUCAACGUUACUUCAUUGUGGGAAUUCAAAGGAUGGUCUCAAUACACGUAAAGAUCUGGAACAUCUUGGUAUUAGGAAGGAUCUGCACCCUAGGGCCAAAGGGAAAAGGACUUACCUGCUAGUAGCACCUUGGUCUUUGUCCAAGAGUGAGAAGAAAGUAUUAUGCAAGCGACUUUUUGAUUUUAAAGGACCUGAUGGAUAUUGUUCAAACAUAUCAAGGGGAGUUUCAGUGGAAGAGUGUAAGGUAUCAGGUCUCAAAUCACAUGAUUAUCAUGUGCUGAUGCAACAGUUACUCCCGGUUGCAGUUAAAGGAUUAUUACCUAAAGGCCCGAGACUAGCAUUAUUACGAAUGUGUGCAUUCUUCAACCGCUUAUGUCAGCGAGUUAUGGAUAUAGAGCAGAUUUCAAAAAUGGAAGAAAAAGUUGUGGAAACUCUCUGUAUGUUUGAGAGUUUUUUUCCUCCAAGCUUCUUCGACAUAAUGGUUCAUUUAACAGUUCAUCUUGGAAGGGAAGCUAGACUAUGCGGUCCAGUCCACUUUCGUUGGAUGCACAUGAAGAUCCUGAAAGACUAUGUUAGAAACCCUGCGAGGCCAGAGGGUUGUAUUGCUGAGUCUUACCUAGCAGAAGAGUGCAUGCGGUUCUGUAGUGAGUUUCUUAAAAAGACAACAAAUGUGGAGGAUAAAUUAGAUAGGGAUACUGACUAUGAGAGCCAGUCAAUCCUAGAGGAACAUCCAAUAUCGGCACCGAGAUCAAUUAAUCUGUCUGACAUGGAGAAGAAAAUGGCCCACCUUGCUGUCCUUCAGAACACAUCUGUUGUUGACCCUUACGUUGAUUUCUACAAGAGACAAAUGCAAGAUGUAGACGUGAUGCAACAUAUUUGUGGAAUACAUAUGGAUGCUGAAACACAUGAAGAGACUCUAAAAUGGUUGGCAUAUGGACCAUGUAGUAGUGCAAGGUGUCAAUGGGCAGUAAGAGGAAACGGAGUUAAGGUGGAAGAUGAGUACACACUUGUUAACUUGAAUCAGUGUCAAGUUUCCUUUAAUAGGGAUCCAUACAUAUUAGCUUCUCAGGAAAAACAAGUAUUUUACUCAAGGGAGGAUGAUACAUCCAGCUGGUAUAUUGUCCUAAGAGGUCCAUCAAGAAGAUACAAUGAAGCAGAAGAAGAAGAUGUCAACACAGAUAUCAGACCAUUGACAUGGAUGUUGAUAUAG